UUUAACAGCUUCUACCUAUUGCACGAUGUUUUCAGUCGAUCAGCUGGAUCGUUUCCAAGCAACCAACCCAGACUAUAAACUCAUCAAGCCUUGGUGGGAUGUAUUACUUGACUAUAUUUCCACAGCUUUGUUGGUAAUUGCCAUCCUAGCAGGGGCAAUACAAGCUACGCAGACAAACUUAGUUUGCCUCCCUGCUGUUGAUUGUAACUUAAGCCGUAAUCAAAGUUCACCAACUUCAGAGACGAACGUUUGUAAAGGUCACACGAUCAAUAAUUACUCAGCYUCGUCCAAAAAUACCCCAAGUACGACAACACUGCUACUGAAAUUACAAGACAGACGCCAGUAUGAUUAUGUUGAGGCGGAAUGUAGCUACAGGUUCUACUCGUUUAGUUUAUAUUUUCCGAUUAUAAUUUUUUUUCUGACGGUGUUCCUUAUCGUUGCUCAUAAUGUCUGGUUAAAGCUACCGCAGACAACAUCAGUCAUAGAUCAUUUCAUAUCAUUGGUCAAUGAAUGCCACARUACUCCGAUGUUGAAUAGAGUUGUGUGGGGCAGGAGCAUAUCUAAAGAGAUUGAGUGCAAAGGGGACACCUCGAAGUACAAUCAAAAUACAGAAGCAACAAUUGAACAGGUACCACUAGUGAAGAUUACUAAUACUGACGAGGGGUCGAUCUCCACAAGCACAUCGGGCACUCUUGACAUUUCAGUGGCUUUCAAAACGAAGGCACUUUGUGAAAAAGCUAGUCAGUUUCUGAAAAAAGUGGAGGCUAAGGAUUACAUAUACUGGCUGUACUUUGUUCAAGCUAUAGCACAAUUGCUUCUGUCGUCAUCAAUUAUCGGCGUUAACAUUUAUUCCUUGGUUAAACUGAAGAGAAACAUCAACUGUACAAUCGAGGAUGUCUUAACUGAAAACUCUAGAUAUUUCAAAUGCACAAAUAUUCUAAAUGCCUAUUUUCUAUAUGUACAUUUAACAUCUAUCCUGUUGGCUGUGCCAUAUUUGAUCUUGUGCAUUUAUAUAUUAUUAUGGACACUGAGAAACAGAGUGUACUUUGUAUCUGAAGGCGGCGUUGCUAUAGAGUUUGAGAUUCCGACUGCAUUUCAAGGAAACUUUGGCUUUUUGCUUCAACUUCUAAAUAAGUACAAUAAGCUAUAUUCGCUUAGAUUUAGUGAAUUUUUAUCUGAAAGGAACGAAGUGAUGUUAAAACGUCAUAUAUUAAUGAGUGAAUGGCCAUUGGAAAARUUAAAUARCAKUGCAAAACACGGUGGUCKRACAUUGAAKCUGAGCAAC